AUGGCGACGGCGACGACAGUAAAGGCCGGACAUGCCAUGCGCCGCCCGCGACCCGGCCUGAGCGGCCGCCUGGGCACGCGCGCCAACACACAUGCGACAGGGAGCGACACGCCGCUCAAGACCAUCUCGGAACCGCUUGUCAGGUCGUCCGACCACAUCCUGCGCAAGUUUCGCGGCAGCCCCCCCUCGCUCACCAUCCAUCUGCAUGCCACCUUCUUCCGCUUCGACCAGCAGGAUGGCAGCUUUCCCUACGACUCUCCCAUGAAGUUCAUCCUCCACCACCUGCGCAAACAGACCAUCCCCCACGAGAUGAUCCAGGACCUGUUGGAGAACCGCGUUGCCUUUUACGAUGGCUGUCUUAUUGUCAAUAUCGUCAAUCACAAAUCCUCUGUCGCAAAGACAACCACACCCGGCAACCUGUCUGUCACCUCGGCCGAUCACAACGUUCCCUUCUCCAUGCACAACUACCACGACCAUGUUACUCCCUCUCCCUUUGGCCCUUACCCCAAAAAGCCUUCGGACCGUCAGUCGCUACCCAACAAGUCUAGAUCCGAGUCUGUCAAGCAACACGAUGGCUCUAAAGACCAGCCCCAUACCGGGCCGCGCACCUCGACUAUUGUUCUGCAUCCUACCGAUCUCUCGCGCCACCACGAGUUGAUGCACCUCGCCAACCAAUUCAACAAGACCGCCCCGACUCUCGAUGAGAAGGACUACUAUCAGUUCGAGGCUACUAUGCUUGUUUCCAGCGAGCCACCGCUAUUGUUAGACCCUGCAAAGUCUCCUGAGGAGGCCGAGAUGGCCCUGCGACUACUUCAGCACCCUCUGCACUCUGAGCCUCCGCCGUCACCCCGCUCUCGUAAGCGCACCCAUGCCGAAAUGGCCCAGGACGAUGCACAGGCUUUCGAAGAGGAGAGACGCAUGCUUAUCAUGGACGAGCGCAUCAAGCCUUCCUUACGGGGUGCCAAUGGUACAUCUGCUUCCGAAGGCCAGACUGCCUCGGUCGCUCUCGGCUUCUCCCGUUUCAAGACACUCGAAACCAUCAAGAAGAACCACGAGGAGAAUGAUCGCAAGAAGAAGGAGGAAGAGGCACAGAAGGCCAUUGAGAAGCGCCAGCACGAUACGGCGUUGGCCCAAAAGAGAAAGCUCAUGGAGGACAGGAGCAGACAAGAGCAAGUCGCUACCCAGCAGAAGCAGAAGAUGAUGAUGCAACAGCAGCAGUUGAUGCAGCAGCAACAAGCCCAGCAGCAGGCUCAACAACAGGCCCAACAACAGGCUCUCCAGCAACAACAGCAACAGGCCGCUCAGCUGCAACAACAACAGCAACAACAUAUGCAACAGCAGCAUGCCCACAACCUGGCUCAGAGCCAACCCAUGGCUGCAAAUCCCCAGCAGCAACAUCUUCAGCAACAAGCAGCAAUGGCCGCUCAGCAUUCGUCUCCUAUCGUCCACAACCCUACUCCCAUCAUGGCCUCAUCGCCGCUCAUGCCAAACGCUGCCAACAUGAACAUGGGAGGCUUCCCCAUGCAACCUUCCGUAUCGAACCAAGGCGCCGGAAGCCCGGCUCGUCCUCCUUCGGCUGCUAUGCAACACGCCAAUAUUGCCAUGGCUAGACAACUCAGCCAGCAGGCCAGUCAGAGCCGUCAUGCCACUCCACAAAUGGCUCACGGAACCCCCCAAAUGACCUCUGCUGUGCCCAUUGAUAGCAAUCGCCAGAUGAGUGGUACACCCAACAUGCAACAUCGCAGUCCCAUCCCUCCUCACAUGCAAAAUACACCCAACCAACAGAACCUUAUGGUUGCCGCUCAGAUGAACCAGCUCACUCCUGGUCAGCAAAUGGCUCUCAUGCAGCAACAGCGCGCACGAAGCCUACAACAAUCUAUGCAAGCUUCACCAAAUCAGACAUAUACGGCUGAGCAGCUCGCCAUGAUAAGAAACCAGCAGAAUAUGGCAGUACAGCAGCAGAUGAACCCUCAGAUGUAUGCUCAAAUGCAGCAACGCAUGCAGAUGCAAAGUAUGCAAGGCGGGACCCCAAUGAUGCAGACGCCUUCCCAGCAGCAACAGCAGCAGCAAAUGAGCCAGGCAAUGGGACAACAGAUGGGCCAGCAGCAGAUGCCGAAUGCCCAGGCUCAGAGGGUACAACAAGCACGUGCUCUACUCAUGCGUACGAAGCAAGUGAUUGUACAUAUGCAGUCUCAAGGUCAGCCAAUCCCGAUGGACCUGCAACAGAAAUAUCAGCAGCAGCAGCAAAUGGUUGCCGCGACCCAGGCACAAAUGGCAGCGGCCACAGCGCGAACGCAACAACAGGCUCUUGGUGACACGAGCAACACGGAACAGUAUAUGCAAAACUUGCGUAAUCAGCAAGCACUGAUAGCAAGGAUGCAGCGAAACCCUCAGAUGGCACAGCAACAAGGCAUGAUGAACGGGGCGGGCCAGCAGCAACAACAACAACAGCAGCAGCAGAACAUGAAUAUGUUGCAAACUCAACAAGCGCAAAUGCAGCAACAAAUGCACUUUGCCCGUCAGAACGCGAUGAAUCAACAGCGACCUGGAUCGGGAAUGGGUCAGUAG